AUGGCUACGGCCCUUGCGGGGCGGGAUCAAGGGCAAGACCCAAUGCCACCACUUGAGGAUGCGUCGAUGAACCCGGUGAACGCCGCUGUUGGGGGCCAAGAGAUUGGUGACCAACACGGUGACGCCGAGGAAGUCAGUGAUAGUCGAGCCAACGAUCACCGUCCAACCAAGUCAAAUAGGUCUGUGGGGAGCAGACAACAGGCAGCACGGAGGAGAGCGUGGGAGAAGGCUGCGGCGCCAGCUGUGAAUAACAGGCAUGCGCCCCUUCGACCGCAGCAGGAUGCGAAUAGGAGGAACGCUAUCCCCGUGGAGUCUUCGUCUACGCACGGCGGAGGCCUUAGGAUGAGGCUCGAUGCCCGACGCGGGAAAGCUGUGCAGCUGAUGAGAGAGGAAGAGCUCGCAGUUGAUAAUAAGGCUCUAGCCGAGAAGAUGGCUAGACUAGAAAAGCAGAUUAGAAGUCGAUUAAACAACUUCGAGCAAGUUGUGGGGAAGGUAGCCGAGGCGGUUAAUGUCGACGCCAAGAUGUACACGUCGUACGACCACCCAUUCAUAGAAAGCAUCAUCCGGGUGCCGCUCCCAGACAAGUACAAAUCGCCUCCCAUUCCGUUAUAUGACGGAAGGAGUGAUCCGGACGACCACUUGGAGGUGUACACAGGGCAUAUGGUCCUGCAUGGAUACCCCGAGGAGGUCAUGUGCCGAGCAUUCAGAAAUCACCUUUUCGAUCUGCGAGGAGGUGGUUCAGGUGUCAAAAAAUACAUCCCACCCAAACAAAACCUCUCAAGAGUGUACCAGGGACCCAACGAGCCCCUGAAGGACUGGAUAGCCCGGUUUAGGGAACAGGUCACCGCCACUGAGGGAAUCUCUGAUGAGGUGGCCUUGAUGGGGGCGCUGUCGAGUAUGAAGAAGGACAUCCCCUACAGCACAGACCUCGACCGGAGGCCGCUCCAUACCUACCAGGAAUUCCUGACAAGGGCACAGGGGUUCAUCAAUGCCGAGGAGGCUAAGAAGGCCUUGAAGAGCAAGGUGACAGCCUCUGCCAAGGAAGAGGUAGAGCAGGCGAGCAGCCAAAACAACAGUAAGAAGCGCCAAGCUCCCCCUCAGGUGCAAGCUGAGCAGAGGUAUAACCCGGCUCCGAGUAACAGAGGCGGCAACGCCUCGACGAGUCAGGGGGAGAACAAGCGGCCGAAGCCGCAAUGGAACGACGCCUACACACCCUUAACUAUGGGGAUCGAAGACGUCUACCAUGAGAUAAACCAUCUCCAGGGAAGGCUUAGCGAGUACCAAGCUGACCGUCGGAACAACAACAACAGACGCAACAACGACCGACGGGAAGAGCAGAGGCAUGACAACCCGCCCGAACCAGUCGGCGUUAUAAGAACGAUCUUCGGGGGACCAUACCUCAGUGGCACCUCUCGACGUGCACAGAAGGAGUACGCUGGAGAGGCAAAAGAGAAGUUCAGCCAAAGGAUUAUGAACGUCUUCGGACGUGAGGCUAAGGCAGCGCGAUACGAGGACGCCGAGAUCACUUUCUCAGAGGCCGAUGCAAGGGGGGUACAUUUCCUCCAGAGUGAUGCCUUGGUCAUCGAGGCCAUGAUCGGUAACCAUACGGUUUGCCGUAUUCUAGUUGACAAUGGCAGCUCCGUGGAUAUCUUAUACUCAAACUGCCUUGAUAAGAUGGGGAUCCCUCGCGCAAGGUUGCAAAACAGUGCGCAACCCUUGUACGGUUUCACAGGAGACAGCGUCAUCCCGGAAGAGGCGAUAGAGCUGCCCAUGACCAUUGGAGACCGACCACACACCUCGACUGUCAUGUCAAAAUUCCUGGUGGUGAAGGGAGGCGACCAAUACAACGCGGUCAUAGGGCGCCCAACAUUGAGGGCUCUGAGGGCAGUCACAUCCAUCUACUACUAG